CGGUGGCGGUGGCGGCGGCGCGUCCCGCACCCCGCGCAGCGCGCAUCGAGCCGCCGUCUCCUGCUCUGGCGCCGGCCGCGCCCGGUGAGUCCCGGCUGGAGGAGCAGUGGGGGUCCCCGAGUCAACUUUCAACCCCCCUUUUUGCUUCCCGCUUCGCCAUUCUCGUCUCCUUUUGGAAAGAUGGCUGUUUGGAGAAGGGGGAGAAGUUAGGGGGUCGCCAGCGCGGGGCGAAGGAGGGCGCGACAGCCGCAGCAGGAGCGGGCGGAGGUUCCGAGUGACCCUCAAGAAUUUAAAGAACUUGUACAAGUACUGGAGUUUGAACUCAGGAUCUGUGCUUACUAGGUUUCUCCUCUGCCAACCCCUUUUGGAUCAUCACUGCCAGCUGAACAAACACAGAUUGUGAAUCUGAACCCUCAACCAUCAGUCCUGAAACCCACCAUGAGCUCUCCAGUGCAACCGGAUGGGGUGGCUGGACGGGAGCAGCUCUUGGCUCAGCAGAGGAUGCACAGCAUGAUCAGCUCAGUGGAUGUGAAGUCAGAGGUUCCCGUGGGCCUGGAGCCCAUCUCACCUUUAGACCUAAGGACAGACCUCAGGAUGAUGAUGCCUGUGGUGGACCCUGUGGUUCGUGAGAAACAACUGCAGCAAGAGUUACUUCUUAUUCAGCAGCAGCAACAAAUCCAGAAGCAGCUCCUGAUAGCAGAAUUUCAGAAACAGCAUGAGAACUUGACCCGGCAGCACCAGGCUCAGCUUCAGGAGCACAUUAAGUUGCAACAGGAACUUCUAGCCAUAAAACAACAGCAAGAACUCCUAGAAAAGGAGCAGAAACUGGAGCAGCAGAGGCAAGAACAGGAAGUAGAGAGGCAUCGCCGAGAACAGCAACUUCCUCCUCUCAGAGGCAAAGAUAGAGGACGAGAAAGGGCAGUGGCAAGUACAGAAGUAAAGCAGAAGCUUCAAGAAUUCCUGUUGAGUAAAUCAGCAACAAAAGACACUCCAACUAAUGGAAAAAAUCAUUCCGUGAGCCGUCAUCCCAAGCUCUGGGCUGCCCACCACACAUCAUUGGAUCAAAGCUCUCCACCUCUUAGUGGAACAUCUCCAUCCUACAAAUACACACUACCAGGAGCCCAGGAUGCCAAGGAUGAUUUCCCACUUCGAAAAACUGCCUCUGAGCCCAACUUGAAGGUGCGGUCCAGGUUAAAACAGAAAGUGGCAGAGAGGAGAAGCAGCCCCUUACUCAGGCGGAAGGAUGGAAAUGUUGUCACUUCAUUCAAGAAGAGAAUGUUUGAGGUGACAGAAUCCUCAGUCAGUAGUAGUUCUCCAGGAUCCGGUCCCAGUUCACCAAACAAUGGACCAACUGGAAAUGUUACUGAAAACGAGAGUUCGGUUUUGCCCCCUGCUCCUCAUGCUGAGCAACUGGUUUCGCAGCAACGCAUUCUAAUUCACGAAGAUUCCAUGAACCUGCUAAGUCUUUAUACCUCUCCUUCUUUGCCCAACAUCACCUUGGGACUUCCAGCAGUUCCAUCCCCACUCAACGCUUCAAAUUCACUCAAAGAAAAGCAGAAGUGUGAGACACAGACGCUUAGGCAAGGUGUUCCUCUGCCUGGCCAGUAUGCAGGCAAUACGUCAUCGUCAAGUCAUGCUCAUGUUGCUUUAGAGGGAAAACCCAACAGCAGCCACCAAGCUCUCCUGCAGCAUUUAUUAUUGAAGGAACAAAUGAGACAACAAAAGCUUCUUGUGGCUGGUGGAGUUCCUUUACAUCCUCAGUCGCCCUUGGCAACAAAAGAGAGAAUUUCACCUGGCAUUAGAGGUACCCACAAAUUGCCCCGUCACAGACCCCUGAAUCGAACCCAGUCUGCACCUUUGCCUCAGAGCACAUUGGCUCAGCUGGUCAUUCAGCAGCAACACCAGCAAUUCCUGGAGAAGCAGAAACAAUACCAGCAGCAGAUCCACAUGAACAAACUGCUUUCGAAAUCUAUUGAACAACUGAAGCAACCAGACAGUCACCUUGAGGAAGCAGAGGAAGAGCUUCAGGGGGACCAGGCGAUGCAGGAAGACAGAGCGCCCUCUAGUGACAACAGUACUAGGAGCGACAGCAGUGCUUGUGUGGAUGACACACUGGGACAAGUUGGGGCUGUGAAGGUCAAGGAGGAACCAGUGGACAGUGAUGAAGAUACUCAGAUCCAGGAAAUGGAAUCUGGGGAGCAGGCUGCUUUUAUGCAACAGCAGCCCUUCCUGGAGCCCCUGCACACACGUGCGCACUCGGUGCGCCAAGCUCAGCUGGCUGCGGUUGGCAUGGAUGGAUUAGACAAGCAUCGCCUUCUCUCCAGGACUCAUUCUUCCCCUGCUGCCUCCAUGUUAGCUCACCCAGCAGCAGAUCGCCCUCUCCAGCCUGGCUCUGCAACUGGAAUUGCCUAUGACCCUCUGAUGCUGAAACACCAGUGCGUUUGUGGCAAUUCCACCACCCACCCUGAGCAUGCAGGACGAAUACAGAGCAUCUGGUCACGGCUGCAAGAAACUGGGCUGCUAACUAAAUGUGAGCAGCUGUGGAAGCAAAUGGUGAAUAUCAAGAAUGAGUACUUCCUGGUGGGACAUGGUGGCACACACCUGGAAUUCCAGCACUGAGGAGGCUGUAGCAAGAG